UUCCUUGACAUAACAAUAUUUUUGUUUAUAAAUUCGCCCUGAGUUGAAUUCAGUGGUUGGUUAAGUUAUAUUACUCCAAUAUUUAAAAAUAUUUAAUUUAUGUGACAUGUCAUCACGACUGAUAAAAUUAUUGAAAUUUUCUAAAAUAUAUCAUUGUCGAACUAUUAGUACAACUAGUCACACAUGUAAUUUUUAUGAACCAAGAAAACCUGCUGCCUAUAGAAAAACUGAUGGAAAAGAAGAGAUCAAAUAUUCAGAUGAUCCUUUGACAGAACUCAAGGAACGACUUCAAUUUGUAAUAGAUGAAUUUAAAUUAAUGGGACAAGAGAUUAAGACCAAACUUACCCAGGAUCCGAUAUGGCGAUUGCCACAUGAUGAAGUUGAUAUUCAAUGGCAGUUCAAAGGUGAUCCAGCAAGAAUAAAUGAUUGGGUUGUAUCUAUGGAUAGUGAUUUUGGUUUUGGAAGAUCAUAUGCUACAUUGGAAAUGACACCAGAAGGUCAUGGGAUAUUUCAUGGAAAUAUUGAUACUCGUCCAAUUCAAGAUGGAGUAAUAAAAAGAACAGGAUAUUGCAAUCUUAGAUCUGUAAGACGUAGAGCAGCAUUUCAUCGAACUAUUCCACUUGGAUGGGAUGCUUACACUCACAUAGUAUUACGCGUUCGUGGAGAUGGAAGAAAUUAUAUGAUAAACCUUCAUCCCACUAACGAAUUUGACAUAUCGUGGCAUGAUCUUUGGAGUUACGUUCUGCAUACUCGAGGUGGACCGUAUUGGCAAUAUGUUAAAAUACCUUUUUCAAAAUUUUUCUUCUCUAGCAAAGGAAGAAUACAAGAUAAACAGGCUGGUGUUCUUAUGUAUAAGCUUACAUUUAUUAGCAUUACAGCUGUAGAACCGGCUGGUCCAUUUAAACUAGAAAUUGAUUUUGUAGGUGUUGAACGAGAUGACAGAUUUCAAGAACAUUCUGCUUAUGAAUUAUAUAUAUCACCAUUUCCCUUCUAUACUUGAAUUUAUAUAUUUAAUAUAUAUAUUGUUAUUUAUAUUUUCAGAUAAUAAAGUUUAGUACGGCGAA